UUUGAUGUAGCUGUGUGUUUACUACAGUAUUAGUGCAUAGCGGACGACUGGCUCCCCAAACUGUGAACUCAGAUUAAUUAAAGAUAUCGUAUUAGUUUUGCAUAAAAGAAGAAAAAUAUCAAAAAUCCAACAUGCCCAAGAGAAAGGGAACUGAUGGUGAGGUGAAGGAGGAGCCGCAGAGAAGAUCUGCCCGGUUAUCAGCGAAACCUGCUCCUCCCAAGCCUGAACCCAAACCCAAAAAAACAGCCAAGAAAGAGAAAGAAGUGAAUGACAAAAAGGAGGAGAAGAAACCCAAGGCAAAGCCGGAGGAAACCAAGGAAGAGAACCAGUCAGAAAACGGAGAGAGUAAGACUAAUGAGGUCGAGAAAACUCCAGAGGCGGAGCCUGAGCCCGAGAAGGAGGAGCCUAAGACUGAGUAGCACCACGCCCCAUCCAUCCAUCCGUUUAUUCAUCCAUCCAUCAGCCAUUGUUCUCCCUGUCUCUCGGCGCCUCCUGUAUCUCACAUGGACCCCCCCACCCACCCACAGGCAUCCCCAGAGGAAUAUUUUUAUCAACAAUUUUGUAUAUAACUGCUACAGGUUUUUAGCACAAACUCAAAGCUGAAUAUGGAGUUUUCUGUUUGGCCAUGGUCAUACCAGGUGUCUGCCAUUUGUGAGUGCUAAGGGCACUUUUGUUCUGUUGUUUUCAUUUAGCUGUUUUUAAUACGGAUGGUUGGUACCUUUGUUCGGGAGUUCUAGGUGGCUGUGCAUUGUUGGUUCACCAGCUCAGUAAAUGUAAGUCAGUGAUUGUCUUCUUAUUCUUGGGUCUGUGCAGUGUAGGUCUUAAUUUGGGGGGAGGGGGGGGGGGUGUUCAGUUUUUCUUUUAAUAAUGGGUUGUCUGUAAGAACAAGGAAUGAAUCUAACGAAUCUGGAGGAAAAAGAAAAAGAAAAAAAACCUUACUAAGAGCAUUCCGAGUGCUGCAGUGAGAGUGGACUCCUGGCUUUUUAAGAACCCUACAGCAGAAACGAUUUGUCCAAACUAAACUACAAAACGCUAAAGAACUGGCCUCAUAAGAAGAUACAAAAUCACCUAUGUUAUUAUACAGGACUUUUUUCAGAUAAGUAUGAAAAAUUUGAGUAUUGUGAAUUUUUUUAACAACUGAAAAUUCAUCUCUGAAUGAUUAGUGUACCCGCUGAAGCUCUGGAUGUCACUGAAUAAAGCGAUCAUUGGAGUUUUCCU